GUCUCCGAAUGGAGAGCUCUCUCUCUUUCUCUCUCUCUCUUCCCCUCCUCAUCUUAUUGAAUCGCAGAGAGACCGCUGUGUCCCGCGGCCCUCAACACACACUCACUCACUUACUCUCUCUCUCUCUCUCUCUCGCUCUCUCUCACUCACUCUCACACACACACACAUAGGAACUCACAUAAGCACAAAACACAGAAUGCAUCGGCCACGGAGCCGUCGUACCUCUCAUUACAGAAAGCGCUUUGGCUUCUGAAAAUUUUUUUCAGCUUUUUUUUUUUUUUUUUUUAAAGAGAGAAACUGUGAAUGCGAGAAUCAUCGGAAACCUCCGGAUUCGCGAAAUGUUGCAAUGGAAGGCGCCGACUCUGACUCGCCGUGCCAAGCAGGAGUAUGAAGCGCUUUGUGGCUCUGCGAGCACCGACACAGAAACGCCGUUUGCUUCGGAUAUUCAGCGACGCUUGCGGGCCGAUCGACUAGUGCCGAGAGCGAGGACUGGACAACAUGGCCUCGGCUGGUAACGUCUCCUUCGAUCAGGAAAACGGGGAGCCCGAUCGGCCGAGGGUAACGCGGAGGACUAGACGGAACGGUCGUGCAGCCCCUCCGGACUUGGAGUACUUACAGCGGCCGAGCUACUGCGAUGCCGCGUUCGCGCUUGAGCAGAUAUCUGAGGGUAAAGCGACUGGAAGAAAAGCACCGCUGUGGCUGAGAGCAAAGUUUCAAAAGCUUUUGUUCAGACUCGGCUGUUACAUACAAAAGAACUGUGGAAAGUUUUUAGUCGUGGGUCUUUUAAUAUUCGGAGCUUUCGCUGUUGGUUUGAGGGCAGCUAAUCUGGAGACCAACGUGGAGAACCUCUGGGUAGAAGUGGGUGGCAGGGUAAAUCAGGAGCUUAAAUACACACGGCAGAAGAUCGGUGAGGAGGCCAUGUUUAACCCUCAGCUAAUGAUCCAGACGCCACAGCAGCACGGUGCUAACAUCCUGACAGUAGAGGCGCUCAAGCAGCACCUGGACUCUGCCAUUAAAGCAAGCAGAGUGCAUGUUUACAUGUAUAACAGGAAAUGGAAAUUAGAACAUUUAUGCUACAAAUCAGGAGAACUCCUCACAGAAAACAAUUUUGUCUACCAGAUCAUUGAGAAUCUGCAUCCUUGUUUGAUCAUCACGCCUCUGGACUGCUUCUGGGAAGGUGCUAAGCUACACUCAGGCAUUGCCUAUCUCCCUGGUAGACCCCCUCUGCAGUGGAUGAACUUUGACCCAAUGGAGCUGAUUGCUGAUAUGCAGACCAUGACCAAAGUUGUAGGCAGUUGGGAAGAAAUAUUGGCCAAGGCUGAGGUGGGUCGUGGCUACAUGGAUCGUCCCUGCAUCAACCCUGCUGACCCAGACUGCCCGUUAUCAGCUCCAAAUAAGAACUCUACACGGCCGUUGGAUAUUGCCCGAGUGUUGACCGGUGGCUGUCAUGGUGUCUCUAAAAAGUAUAUGCACUGGCAGGAAGAGCUCAUCAUCGGAGGGACCACAAAAAACGAUAGCGGCAGGCUUCUCAGUGCCCAGGCUCUGCAGACCAUGUUCCAGCUUAUGACCCCUAAACAGAUGUAUGAGCACUUUAAGGGCUACGAUGAAGUCUCACAUCUGAACUGGAACGAGGAGAAAGCGGCUGCCAUCCUGGAAGCUUGGCAGAGGAAGUAUUCUGAGGUGGUCCAGCAGAGUGUGUCCAUCAACUCCUCUCAGAAAGUACUGACAUUUACCACCACUACUCUAGAGGACAUCCUUAAAUCCUUUUCUAGUGUCAGCGGAAUCCGAAUCGCCAGUGGUUACCUGCUCAUGCUUGCCUAUGCGUGUCUGACCAUGUUGCGCUGGGACUGUGCCAAAUCCCAGGGAGCGGUGGGGCUGGCUGGAGUGCUGCUGGUCACUCUGUCCGUCGCUGCCGGACUUGGCCUCUGCUCUCUCAUUGGCAUCUCCUUCAACGCUGCUACCACUCAGGUGCUGCCAUUCCUUGCUCUUGGCGUGGGAGUGGAUGAUGUCUUUCUUCUUGCUCAUGCUUUCAGUGAAACCGGCCAGAACAGGAGAAUCCCAUUUGAGGACCGUACCGGCGAGUGUUUGAAGAGAACAGGUGCCAGCGUGGCUUUGACCUCAAUCAGUAACAUCACUGCUUUCUUCAUGGCCGCCCUCAUCCCUAUCCCAGCACUACGGGCAUUCUCUCUACAGGCUGCUGUCGUGGUGGUGUUUAACUUCGCCAUGGUGCUACUCAUCUUCCCCGCUAUACUCAGCAUGGACCUGUAUCGCAGAGAAGAUCGCCGCUUCGACAUCUUCUGCUGCUUCAUCAGUCCGUGCUCUAACCGUGUAAUCCAGCUGGAGCCCCAGGCGCUGGGCGAUGUAGGCCACUGCACGCCUCCGCCCUCCUACAGCAGCCACGGCUUCUCUCAGCACACGCACAUCACCAUGCAGUCAACGGUGCAGCUGCGCACUGAGUACGACCCACGCACGCAAGCCUACUACACCACAGCCGAGCCGCACUCCCGCAUCUCUGUGCAGCCCCUCCCCCCCAAUCACAACAACAACAACAAUAACAACAACAACACCAGCUCGACGCGAGACCUCCUGAACCAGUCCAGCGAGGUGGCAUCAGGGCACACAGAGCCAUCGUGUUCGCGCUGGACCUUCGCGUCGUUCGCAGAGAAGCACUACGCGCCCUUUCUGCUGCAGCCCACCACAAAGGUGGUGGUGAUCGUUCUGUUCCUGGCACUGCUGGGCAUCAGCUUGUAUGGCACCACGCGAGUGCGGGACGGCCUGGAGUUGACAGACAUUGUACCACGGGAGACGGCCGAGUACGACUUCCUGGGUGCACAGUUCCACUACUUCUCUUUCUACAGCAUGUAUGUGGUGACGCAGCGGGCAGACUACGCCCAGGCCCAGCCUCUGCUCUACGAGCUUCACCAGCGCUUCGGCACGGUCGAAUAUGUGCUCCGUGACGAACAAGGCCACCUGCCUCUCAUGUGGCUCCACUACUUCCGUGACUGGUUGCAAGGUCUGCAGGAUGCCUUCGAUAAGGACUACGAGGCAGGCAAGAUCACCCAGAAGGAUUACGAGAACGGUUCAGACGACGGAGUGCUGGCUUACAAGCUCCUGGUGCAGACAGGAUGCAGAGAGAAGCCGAUCAACCUCAACCUGCUCACCAGACACCGGCUGGUGGACGCAGAUGGGAUUAUCAACCCCAAAACUUUCUACAUCUACCUGACUGCAUGGGUCAGUAAUGACCCGGUGGCCUAUGCAGCUUCUCAGGCUAACAUCCGCCCUCAUCCUCCAGAGUGGAUCCAUGACCGCACCGACUCGAUCUCCAUCAGCAGGCUCACUAUUCCUGCUGCAGAGUCCAUUGAAUACGCACAGUUUCCCUUCUACCUCAACGGGCUGCGCGAGACACCCCAGUUUGUGGAGGCCAUUGAGAGUGUGCGCGCCAUCUGCAACAACUACAGUCGCCUGGGUGUGCCCAGCUACCCAAACGGCUACCCAUUCCUUUUCUGGGAGCAGUAUGUCAGCCUGCGCCACUGGCUGCUGCUCUUCAUUAGCGUGGUGCUCGCCUGCACCUUUCUCGUGUGUGCCGUGUUCUUGCUCAAUCCAUGGACUUCUGGCAUUAUUGUGCUGGUGUUGUCGCUGAUGACGGUGGAGCUGUUCGGCAUGAUGGGGCUGAUUGGUAUCAAGCUUAGCGCCGUACCCGUGGUCAUCCUCAUUGCUUCUGUGGGCAUCGGUGUGGAAUUUACUGUCCACGUGGCACUGGCCUUCCUCACUGCCAUCGGAGACAGAAAUAAGCGGGCGGUCCUGGCCCUGGAGCACAUGUUUGCCCCUGUUCUGGAUGGAGCCUUCUCCACCCUGCUUGGAGUGCUCAUGCUGGCAGGAUCUGAGUUCGACUUCAUAGUCAAAUACUUCUUUGCUGUAUUGGCCAUCCUGACCGUGUUGGGGGUCCUGAAUGGCCUUGUGCUGCUCCCAGUCUUAUUGUCCUACUUCGGCCCUUAUCCUGAGGUGUCUCCUGUGGACGGACGUAGCCGAUUGCCCACUCCAACUCCAGAGCAUGUUCCUCCAGUGGUGCACGUCACCAUGCAGCCCAACCACACUGCCACCUCAACCACUGGAACUGGCUCAGACUCGUCCGACUCAGAGUACAGCUCCAAUUCCACGGCCUCGGGCGUUAGUCAUGAGCUCAAGCACUAUGACCUCCAGGCCACCAGGGAGCGAGCUACCCAAUCUGAAUUUGAUGACAUGCGGAUUAACACCGGGCCAAAACCAAACGUUUAUCAUACAGAGCCACACGUUUUACCUUCUUACUCGGCUGGGAGAACUGACUCCAAGCAGCAGCCACGUUACCGCUCCACUCACCCUCCUCACACUCAGGACGCAGGACCUCCGCUUUCUCGUCGACACAUUGGUCGGGAACCCAAGCGGGACGCAGGGCCUAGACAGGCUCCUCCCCCUCAGAGGCGGCGCACGGACGCAUUUGAAAGCGCCAGCCCCUAUGGGUCCAGAGAACAUUCGGCAGCCCGGCAGCCUCGCUCCCAUAACACUUACUCUCACUCCCUGCACCCUGGCUCGGGCCCCGCCUUCUGCCAGCCCAUCACUACUGUGACUGCAUCCGCCUCAGUUACAGUGGCUGUGCAUCCAGGCGUGCCUGGCCAGAGCGCCCCCUACCCCUGCUACCCUUCCAGUGACAGCUACCGCACUUCAGAGGGAGCCUAUGUUCAUGACACGCACUUCCCCGACCCGCAUGUACCCUUCACAGAGCAGCGCUAUAGUGCAGACUCCACAAUGGAGGGCUUGGAGCUGCAGGAUUUAGAGUUCACUUCUCACACUGAGCGCCGCACGAGUGCCUCCAGCUGAGUGGCUGAAUGUUGAAGCACAAAUGGCCAAAGAUGGGACGUCUGCUUUCUGAAGUGGAGGAGACAUGGUGCUGCAGAGCGAGGGCUUCACUCUUUUACUGUAUAGCUCUAAUGUAUGUCUACCUUAGAUAUUUCUAUAAAUAUUUA